AUGGCCCGACUUUCCUACCAACAAUCAAUCCGCUUCAUUAAUUCGCGCCUGGUUGAGUUGCCUAUCUCUUCUUCACCACGCGAACGCCACAAAGACUACCCCACGCCAAAGAACCAAGAAUGCUCCUCCCACAGCUCCAACUUGGUGCACGUGUCAGCAUCAAGCACAGUUUACUCCUCGGUCGAGAUAAACUGGUGGUGCAUGUGUGCAACCUUGACCGUGUCACGAUCCAUGGAUACCUACAGUCGACCCAUGUCGACGCAUUCACCCUUUGACCCUGCUUCAGCAGCCAUCGAGAUGCUUUUUUGGCCCUUGGAGAUACUUUGGGGGCAUCACUAA